CUUCUCUACUUGGCAGAUCGAGGGUUUGUGUAGUUUCUGAGAACCUAUCUUAAGGGCUUUGGAAGCUCCAUUUUAUUCACUGAAGCUCUAAAUACUCCUGUUGAAAAUGGCUAUUGCAGCACAAACUCCUGAUAUCUUGGGAGAACGGCAGUACGGUCAGGAUGUUCGCACCCAAAACGUGGUGGCCUGUCAAGCUGUGUCAAACAUUGUGAAAUCAUCUCUCGGACCCGUUGGGUUGGACAAGAUGCUUGUUGAUGAUAUUGGUGAUGUAACAAUUACCAAUGAUGGUGCUACAAUACUGAAGAUGUUAGAAGUUGAGCAUCCAGCUGCCAAGGUACUUGUGGAGUUGGCUGAGCUUCAAGAUCGAGAAGUUGGAGAUGGAACAACCUCAGUGGUCAUUGUAGCUGCAGAGCUACUGAAGAGAGCAAACGAUUUAGUGAGAAACAAGAUCCAUCCAACAUCUAUAAUUAGUGGAUAUAGACUUGCUAUGAGGGAAGCAUGCAAAUACGUUGAUGAGAAACUUGCAAUAAAGGUUGAAAAGCUUGGAAAAGAUGCCCUCAUAAAUUGUGCCAAGACAAGCAUGUCCUCUAAGCUGAUAGCUAGGGACAGCGACUUCUUUGGAAAUUUGGUUGUAGAUGCAGUUCUAGCUAUUAAGACAACCAAUGCUCGGGGUGAGAUAAAAUAUCCGAUCAAGGGCAUCAAUAUUUUGAAAGCACAUGGUAAAAGUGCAAAAGAUAGCUACUUGCUGAAUGGUUAUGCUCUAAAUACAGGCCGUGCUGCCCAAGGAAUGCCCCUUAGAGUUGCCCCUGCAAGGAUUGCCUGCCUAGAUUUUAAUCUUCAGAAAACGAAAAUGCAAAUGGGUGUUCAAGUCCUUGUCAGUGAUCCCAGGGAGCUUGAAAAAAUUCGUCAAAGAGAGGCUGACAUGACUAAAGAGCGUAUUGAAAAGCUUCUGAAAGCUGGAGCCAAUGUUGUUCUCACAUCAAAAGGGAUUGAUGACAUGGCACUUAAGUACUUUGUAGAGGCUGGGGCUAUUGCUGUAAGGCGUGUCCGCAAAGAGGAUUUGCGCCAUGUUGCCAAGGCUACUGGUGCCACAGUGGUUUCCACAUUUGCUGAUAUGGAAGGAGAGGAAACAUUUGACUCGUCACUUCUUGGAUAUGCAGAUGAAGUUGUGGAGGAGCGCAUUUCAGAUGAUGAUGUCAUCUUGAUAAAAGGGACCAAAACCACAAGCGCAGUCUCUUUGAUCCUCAGAGGUGCAAAUGACCAUAUGCUUGACGAGAUGGAGCGAGCUUUGCAUGAUGCUUUGAGCAUUGUAAAGAGGACCCUUGAGUCCAAUGUGGUGGUUGCUGGUGGCGGUGCAGUUGAGGCUGCUCUGUCUGUGUACUUGGAGUAUCUUGCAACGACUUUAGGAUCUCGAGAGCAGUUGGCAAUUGCAGAAUUUGCUGAAUCACUUCUGAUUAUACCAAAGGUUCUUGCAGUAAAUGCUGCAAAGGAUGCUACUGAGUUGGUUGCAAAACUUAGGGCAUACCACCAUACUGCACAAACCAAGGCAGAUAAGCAGCAUUUAUCAAGCAUGGGGUUAGACCUAUCCAAGGGAAUCAUCCGCAACAACUUAGAAGCUGGGGUCAUUGAGCCUGCAAUGAGCAAAGUUAAGAUUUUACAGUUCGCAACCGAAGCUGCCAUUACAAUUUUGCGAAUAGAUGACAUGAUCAAGCUUGUGAAAGAUGAACGUGACAAUGAAGAGUAGAGCUCCCAAGUCUCAUUCCUAGACAUUGACCCAGGUGAAAGUUUUGCUCGGUAUUUGGAGUUAUUGCUGUGAAACUGAAUGGUGGUGUUAUAUUACCCAUAUUUGAUGUUGGGUGAUGUGGGAACGGUUGUUGUCAACCCAUGCCUGCU